UGUGUUGAAGAGCUGUGCAAGGUGCAGUUGAAGCAGAGCUGCUGUUGCAGGCAGAAGAGGGGGUGUGUCAAGCCAAAGUAACAACCGCAUUUGCUUUUACUAUUAUUAAUAAAAUAAAGAAGGCAAUAAGGAAAACCGUUAACAACAGCACAGUCUCUUCCCGCUUUGGGGGUUAGGCUCUUCAUUCCUUUCCGAUGAAUUGCACCAGGGUCCUGCACAUCUUGAAUCCAAGACCAUUGCCAAACCCCAUUAUGCCCGUUGAUGUAGCAAUGAGGCUGUAUCUUUCUCAUUCACCCCCACUGAUGAGUUUCCUUAGUUCAUAUGAAGAUUGCAGAGGGAGAAACCUUGUGAAUAGAUUGAAACCAAUGAGACCUUGUAUCAAUUUAAAAAAUGAAUCAGAGGCAAAAAACCCAGAAUGGAGAAGCCCCAAUACCAAGUCAAAGAAACGAGUGGUGUUUGCAGAUUCAAAGGGUCUGUCACUUACUGCUAUUCACAUCUUCUCUGAGUUUGAAGAGAAUCUGAUGUCUGACCUGCAGUUUGAUCUGGCUGAUUUAGAAGACACAACGGCUGGUUUGAAACUAAAUGAAGAAAAGAACUUGGUUAUGGAUUUUUCCCAGCCUGCUGCAGAUUACUUGGAAUUCAGGAAUCGGCUGAAAAAGAACUUUGUCAGCCUGGAAAACUGUUCCCUGCAGGAAAGAUUACUUGCUGGGACUGUAAAAGUGAGGAACGUAAGCUUUGAGAAGUCUGUCCAUAUCCGGAUAACCUUUGACACUUGGAAAAACUACACAGAUGUUGAAUGCACCUUUAUGAACAAUAUGUAUGGUUGCUCUGAAACAGAUACCUUCUCUUUCGUCAUUGAUCUGCCUAAUGUUGUGCCUCCUCAUGAGCGCAUUGAGUUCUGUGUUUGUUUCAAAAGCAAAGACCAGGUAUACUGGGACAAUAAUGAUGGACAGAACUAUAGAGUGGUCCACACUGAAUGGAAAUCCGAUGGUGUUCAGGCUCCACCAUCCACCCAGAAUGAAAGUCCAUCCUAUAAAAAUCACAGUAAAAUUCAACAAGUUGAGCUUGAUCAGUUUGGUAGUCCAAGGACGUCCAGUGGACUGUUUCCCGAAUGGCAAAGUUGGGGCAGGUUUGAGAACACAGCCCCCUAUUGGUGAACCCCUGCAACACCUUUAAACACACAAACAACAGCUGUUAUCUCAAAAACUUUUGCAAUGCUUCUGCAGGAAAUAAAACCCUAAAGGGUUAAAUGCUACUCUGAUCAAUAAAAGUCAAAAGUUGCAAAUAUUAUACAAAUAGUCAAAGUUAUCUGCAAAAAGUGACUGACUUUGUCAUUUGCUAAACCAGAUAGACGCCAACAUUGCUGUGUGUUUGGGAACGAGGGGGAUUGGGAGUUGUUAUGCUGCUGACUAACAACGAUUAUAGUACCCCCCUACGUUUCUUUAAAAACAUUUUUUGACUACCUUUAGUAAAGCGUGUAAAAACUACAAAUAACCAAGUCUCAUGCAUCACAUCAAGCAUUACUAGCAGGCUUAAAACAACUUAAGAUAAAAAAAAACAAAGUCAUCUUUAAAUGUUACAGUGUAGUAAACACCUAAGAAAGUGUAUAAACUAUGAGUAAAAUCAUGAUAACACAUACAACUGUGCAGUUAAUAGAUGCCUUUGUGAUUGUUGUAGGGAAACUUGCUUUGUCUAGUUCUAAAUCUGUAGAAAGCACUUUAGUAUGCCUCUGGGUUUAUGUUAUCAUAGUCUUUCAAUGCAUACAAUAAUAACACACACUGUUACAGUGAUUGAAAAGUAUAAGGAGGUGCAUACUUUAUCUUUAGGAAAAAAACAACAUUUGAUUCAUUAUUUAUGGCUUCCACUCAAAUAAAUGCAGUUAUGGUUUGGUUGCAUGCACUUUUCCAAUCCACUGCAUUUUUCUUAGUCAAUUAAUUUUCAUUUGAUUGGACAAGUUUUGACACCAACAUGCAAGACUAAUCAAAAAAAGAAAAAGAAAAGAAAAAAAAAACAUUAGUAUUGUAAAAGAUUUCCAAACUUCUAUCUUUUCCAUUUCAUACUUAACUUUUAAAAUGAGUGCUGUUAUGGGGUUGAGUAAAGAUUGUGCUGUACAGCAUGACUAAUAUAAUUUCAUAACAUUCAGCACCUAAUAGGACAUUAAGAAAAGGUGCCUUUUGCUGUCAUCAGAUGCCAAAAUGUUUCACAUUUAUGUAAUUUCCCAACAUAAUUGAGGCUUUCAACUAAGCAUUAAUUAUACAGAUUAGUUAAAACAAUAUUUAUUUUGAUCAGAGCAGUGAUGUGUCUGUCACUGCAUUUUCUAGUAUUGUAUUUGAUGUAAACCACCUGUGAAUGUUGUGGUGUUUUUAUUUUUUAUUCAGUGGUGAAGAGUUUGCACUGUUUGAACAUAACCCUUUACUAAUCUGAAUGUGAAUCAAGAGAGUAUAGGUACAGCUGUAAAAUCCUUCAUAUUGAAGGGUGUUAAUUUUGUGGUACCUUUUGAAAGUAUUUCAUCAUUUUAAGAAAAAGUUGAAAUAAUUACAUAUUUUAAGUGUCUUCCUGCUUGCACAUAAAUGUAUGCCUGCAUUUUAAAAUCACUAUUUUGAGGGUUUAGAUUGUUCAUCAAUUUAUUCACUACACAAUAAUUGCUGCUAUGUUUUGUACUGGUGCAUUGGCUGUAAUGCUUUAAUUAAUCCUAAGCUAUGUUUUAUAGCAUACUAUUUGAAAUUGAGGAGUAAGAAGUACGAUGCUAUGGGAUAUUUAUGUUCCCUUUGAGUGAAAAAGGAAUGUGGGGUUACGAUUGUGAGAGGUUGUUGUGAGUUCGAGAGGAGGAUUGUGUGAUAGUGGAUGCAAAGUUAUUGUCAUUUUCUUUUCAAUUUGUGUUAAUAAACGCAGGUCAGUGUUAAUGGGAGGGGUAUGUCAGUCUCCUUUUAUAUUUUGAGUGAUAUACUCGGUCUGAACUACUUUUUUUAGAAGUGCAAAGUGAAGGGGAAUUUUAACUGGUGUAGCACAAAUCUUAAUGCCCCACACAAAUAUUUUUCUACUGUAAAGAAAUGACACUGUAUGAAAUAACUGUUUUCUGUAAUAAUUCCUUUCUGAAAUACAUUUUUAUAUUGCAAAA